AUGUCUGACAAAGUAGUCGUUUUCGCUACACUCUUGGCCAAGUCUGACUCCAUCGAUCAGGUUCUAGAGGCCCUUACGGCCAUGUUGGAGCCUUCACGAAAGGAAGAAGGCUGCCAUAAUUACGAUCUUCACAGAGACCGUCAAGAUCCCAAGGUAUUCGUUUUCCAUGAGACAUGGGAAUCCGAAGCCCAUCUCGAUGCACACAACCAGACCCCGCAUUUCAAGAAUCUCUCGACCAAGCUUGAGGGGAUUAUUGAGUCUGUUUCGGUUAGGCGCACCACAAAGCUCUAGAUCUUCAUCGGACAACGCCUUUCAGCAGGUGUUCAGGACGAAAGUACCACGUGAAUUGAGUAGCGGGCAGAAAGUGACCAAGUUAUCCGUUGAGGUUCGGCCAAAGAGUUGCAAUGAGCUCUAUAGCAUUCUUCUCAUAAAUAAACUAGCGACAUUACAGCUUUACUGCAUCUGUUCCCGUCGAUUUUCCUAGCG